UCUUCUUCUUCUUCUUCAUCAUCAUCAGCUUCUAGGGUUUUUCCUUUGCAUCUGGGUUUCUCUGUUUUAUUGGUUUUAAGUCUGAAAAAUGGGGUCUUUUUUGUUGGGUUUCAAGAUCGGGUUCUUGUUCUUCUUGUUCGGUCUUGUGUUCCAGUGUUUGGACGCAAGGACAGUAGUGUCGGAUUCGGACGAAACGCUGUCGUUUCGGUAUCACAAAGGAGCUCUUCUCACCGGAGAUGUCUCCGUCAACCUCAUCUGGUACGGCAAGUUCAGGCCGUCGCAGCGAGCCAUCAUCACGGACUUUAUAGCGUCGCUUGCUUCUCACCGGACGAAGAUGACGGUCCAACCAUCUGUUGCCACGUGGUGGAAGACAGUGGAGAAUUACUACCACGUCAGCAAGAGCCGACUCCUCUCCCUCUCCCUCGGAAAACAGAUCCUUGACGAGGAAUAUUCCAUGGGGAAGUCACUCUCGGAGAAACACAUCAAGGCCUUGGCAGGGAAGGGCGGUCAGAACUACGCGGUCAACGUCGUCUUAACCGCAGCUGACGUGGCGGUCACCGGUUUCUGUGUCAACCGGUGCGGGUCGCACGGGUCGGGUACGUCUUCAAGGAGGUCAAAGUUCGCGUACAUCUGGGUCGGGAACUCGGAGACUCAAUGCCCGGGUCAGUGCGCGUGGCCGUUCCAUGCGCCGGUGUACGGACCACAGAACCCGCCGCUGGUUGCGCCGAACAAUGACGUGGGCAUCGACGGAGUGAUCAUCAAUCUGGCUAGCCUUUUGGCUGGAACCGCCACGAACCCGUUCGGAGAUGGGUACUUUCAGGGCCCUAAAACGGCGCCGCUUGAGGCGGCGUCGGCUUGUCCGGGAGUGUACGGAAGAGGGGCUUAUCCUGGUUACGCGGGGAGCUUGCUGGUCGAUUCAGAGACGGGAGGCAGUUUCAAUGCUCACGGUGCAAACGGCAGGAAGUUCUUGCUCCCGGCUCUGUUUGACCCGGAAACAUCUACUUGUUCUACUCUGGUCUGAGGGAGAUGGGACAUUUUGCAGAGCUGAAGUUUUUCUUUCUACAUUAUUACCAUAAACUUGAAUCGUGAAGAGUGGGAGAGAGAUAUAUAUCUAUAUUCUUUUAUUGGUUAUUCUUUUUGUUCCAUAGUUUAGUAAUAAAAAAUUUGUUUAAAAUCCUGUUUGGCCUACAAAACACAAAACAAAGUAUUUUUUUAUUAUAA